AUUUCUCCAGGAGCCUCAUUAUCCUCUGUCCUGAAAUCAUCACAAUGGCCAGAGUGGCCUCAGCUCAGGGCCUCUGUGACAUCACCAAGGGCCUGGAACCAAAUACCCAGUCUCCCAGUUGCAAGAGCAAGCAAACCCAUCACGAGAACUGCCUUCCCCAUCUCUGGUCACCAUGUGGACGCUGAAACGCUUACUGGUCCUUCUUCUGUGCCUCACCUGCAGCUAUGCCUUUAAGUUCUCUUCCCCGAGAGAGAAAACUAAUGAAGCCCAGAGGAAGAUGCCAUGCGAAGAGCACUUUCGGAUUCGGCAGAAUCCACUAGAGCACACCCAAGGCUGGCUUGGGAAAAUAUGGCUCUGGCUUUUGUUUGUUGUUGUGCUGUAUGUGAUACUGAAGUGUCUAGGAGACAGUGGGAAGAGAAAGGAGCAGAGUCCUCCUGGCCUUCGAGGCUGCCAGUAUCAAAAUCCACUAAAGAAAAAUAAAAAAGCAUCCCCUGACAAAGACUGUGCAUUCAAUACCUUAAACCAACUGGAGGUAGAGCUCGUGAAAUUUGUGUCCAAGGUGCGGAAUCUUAAGGUUGCCAUGGCAACAGGUGGUGGCAGUAAUCUCAAGCUUCGAAGGUCAGAGAGGCCUGCAGAUCCACACAAUAUUACGAUCUAUGAAAUAUGGGGAGAAGAAGACUGACUGAAUGGAUUUGUGUGUCGAAAAAAUAGGAUAGAAAAAAGUUGAGUGUUGACAAACUAUGCAAACUAAUAAAACUAUUCUGAAGAACUUCCA